UCUUCAGAGCCCAGGCUCCAUCGAAGAAGGUGACGGCCGACGACGCCUCCGGCGGCGCCAUUGAUAUGGCGGACAAGAUCUCCACGGUUGUCCUCAAAGUUGACCUUGAAUGCGCGCGAUGCUACAAGAAGAUCAGGAAGGUCCUUUGCAAGAUCCAAGACAGGAUGAACAUCAAGACCAUCUCCUUCGACGAGAAGAGCAAUGCCGUGACGGUGUCCGGCCCGUUCGACGCCGAGAAGCUGUGCAGGAAGCUCUGCUCUGAGGCUGGCAAGGUGAUCAGGGAGUUGCAUGUCAAGGGCAAGGAGUCCAAGGACGGCGGCGGCGGGGGUGGAGAGAAGCCGAAGGCUGCCAAGGACGGCGGCAAGGCUGAGAAGGACGGUGGCAAAGCCGAGAAGGACGGUGGCAAGGCCGAGAAGGCCAAGGACGACGGCGGCAAGCCGGAGAAGGCGGACAAGAAGGACGGCGGCGAGAAACCCAAGGACGAGAAGCCGGAGAAGAAGGUCAAGUUCGUAGACGCAGCCCCGGCCGCGGACGCGAAGCCCGGCAAGGGCAUGCCGCCGCUGCCGCCCGGCAUGACCAAGGCCGACCUCGCCCCGCUCCUCGAGAAGAUGAUGCAGGCCAAGCAGGCCGGGCAGGGCGGCGGGCCCCAGCCGCCGCGCGGCGAGCCGAUCAUGAUGGUGCCGCCGCCUGCUGCAGCGGCGCAGGGCGUGGCCGUGCCGUCCAUCUGGCCGGCGCCGGCGGGUGCCGUGUCAUGCUACAGCUACGACCCGGCGGGGUACGGCCAGCCAUCUUACUACGGCGGCGGCGGAUGCGGCAGGGGUUGCCAAUGCGCCUCGUGCUACAAGCCGGCGCCGCCCGGAGGGUACUACGGCGUGCCGGUGCACGACCACCAGGGUUGGUACAACCGGCAGCCGUACUACCAGCAGCAGCAGCAGCCGUACUGCAGCGAGGACCCCAACGCCGGGUGCAGCGUCAUGUGAUGGUCGAUGCCAUGGCCAGACAUGGCAAUCAGUGUGUGCGGUCACUCUCCACUCGCUCAUGAUCGUGGCCCGUGUUAUGAAAAAUCCCAAGCUCUUCUUCUUCUGUCGACGUCUCUUUGUUAAUUUAUGUCCAUUCCUUUUUGUUUAUCUAGGAGUUGAGUUGUGCAUGUGAACAGAAGGGUCGAGUGAGUUUGUUCUU